AUGGAUCAGCCGAGAGAAAAUGAGAAGGGAAAAGUAGAGGAUGGGACUGGGCCUGUGAAGAAGCAGCGCAGAGCCAGUCGGCCCAAGGUCAAGACGGGCUGCAAUAACUGCAAGCACCGGCGAGUCAAAUGCGACGAGACGAGACCGCAAUGUCAGAAUUGCGUAAAAUCAGCACGGCAAUGUGAGGGGUACCCUGCGCACAAGAGGACGGGCGAUGUUCUCCCCAUCGCCCCCAGGCCAGACGUCGCAGCUGGAACGUCGAUAUCAUGGACUCCCUCCUCGUCGACGUCAAAUUGGGGUUUGCCCUCUGCGAGGAUCGUUCCGAAGAAAAGUCAUCGUCCUGUCCAAGUCCCACGUGUUGUUCGAAAACCUCAGAAGGUUACCGUCACCCCGAAUUCUGUUGUACCACAUGUCCACCCGCGGCAAACCCCUAAGCUGCCUUCUCCGACGACACUCAGCCCUGGCGGGCUCACGUUCGAUGCGAAGGAGGGGCAAUAUUUCCGGGUAUUCAGGACGCAUACUGCCAGCGAGCUAUCGGGAUUUUUCGAUUCGGAGUUCUGGCAGAGGAGUGUACUUCAAGAGAGUCAUUCCGAGGCUUCGAUACGGCACGCGGUCGUUGCGCUGGGAGCUCUGUAUAAAACAUUGGAGUCGGCAUCGGAAUCCCCUCCAGGUUCGCCGGUAGCCGAGACAUUCGACACGGUGCCUACCAGCCAUUAUAAUUUCGCAUUAGAGCAGUAUGGGAAGGCGAUUGCCCGGCUAAGAGAAUCCCUCGCGAAUCAGGAAACUAGGUCGGAGCGGACGACAUUAAUAUCCAUCGUUUUGUUUACAUGCUUCCAAUCAUUUACUGGGGAUCACAAAGCCGCCAUCCUGCAGAUUCAACACGGACUUGGCUUUCUCGAGGAGAGGCGGCAAGACUCCAGAAAUCCAACUAUGCAGAAGAAAGAAGAAAAAGUCGAGGAUGAGCUCGUCCAGAUAUUCACACGCCUAGCAGUGCAGGCCAAGUCCUACGAUAUGGCCUUCCAUUUCCCUCACCCAUAUGUGAUUCGACUCUCCCCCAAGACCCAACCAGACCCGACAUCGCCGCAAUCCCCAUCCUCCCCCUCCGACUCCUCAAGCGACCCCAUGGAUCCCCCUAUGCCCUCGGCUUUUCGCAACGCACAAGAAGCGCGCACCGCCCUCGACUCUCUCUGCGAGCGCAUCAUGCGUUUUAACGAACUGCUCUCCUCCUACCAUCGUGGCCCUAACAACAUCCUCCCGCGCUUUGUCAUGUCUCAAGGUAUGGUUUUUGGCGACCAGCUCCGACAAUGGGACGCCGCCUUCGCGCCUCUCUUUCUCACCCGCCGCAACAGAGGCGUCAGCAAUACAGAGCGCGCCGGCAUCAACGUCCUCAAAAUGCUGGAACUCAUGACUGGCAUACUAUAUCGGAUGGGCUUCAGCACCUCCGAGAUGGAAUUCGACAAUUUCACGCCGCAAUUCCAGGUGAUUGUUGACUUGGCCAGCGAGGUUGUCCUGGAUGAGGAAAUGGUCUUGGCGCUGGCUAAAUGUGGUACCCAAGCGAGGGAUUGUAAGCACCGGCAGAAAGCCGGCUAUCAUCUCCCUGGCCUAGCGAGUCACCAACCUGGCGCAUAUGGGGAGGACGAAGGGUAUAUGCAUAUCAAGGCCUCGUUUGCCCUCGAUCUUGGGAUUGUACCGCCGUUAUUUGUCGUCGCGACCAAAUGUCGGGACCGCAAACUCCGCCGCGAAGCUAUCCGCUUGCUGAUGAGUAGUCCACGGAGAGAAGGCAUGUGGGAUUCAAUACUGAGCGGUAGAGUCGGCCAGUGGAUCAUGACGAUCGAAGAGGCGACCAUGUCACCGUGGGAGGGCCCCAGCGGACGCGCAGCGCAGGAAACCGUGCCGGACGAGCGGCGGGUGAUGGUGAAGGAGAUCCUAUUCGAUAUGCAGAGUCGCGAAGCGACGCUGCGAUGCGGGACGCGGGGCGCGAGACAGGGCGAUUUGGACACGAGGGCGAAGGAGACGCAUAUUUCCUGGUGA